AUGGAUGAACCAGGAGAAGUAACGUUGUUAUAUUUUAAGGACCUAUUCCCGGACUGCGAGGAAAUGCACUCGCUCAUAUUCGGGAUCAUUACGCCUAUACAGGCGGCGCUAGUUACUGUCGCCAAUAUUUUCAUCGUGAUCCUGUUUACUAAGCCGCAUAUCCGGUCGCGAACCACAUGCCUCCUGACCCUCAUCGCGCUGGCUGACAUGCUGUCCAUCGUGUCGCCCACAUCUAUCUACAUCUGGCUUUUCACUCUCGAUAGCGACAACAACCGUCGCGCAGUCCCUUUCCGCUUCUGCAUCUGGACGAUUGCGUUUGUGGAUAUUUUUCAGGAUAUGUUUAACGCAAUGUCCCUUUGGUUCACUGUUCUGUUAGCGUUUAUGAGGCGGAAGUGUUUACAAUCUCCAUUUGCGGCCAAGUGUUCACACAGAUAUCGUCACGUCAUUGGCUAUGUUUCAGGAGUAGUGUGUUUAGUUCUUGCAGUUCACAUACCGUCGUUUUUGAUUUUCGACGCCAUUCCUUUGAACGGUACGUUCAUCGAUGUAAACGUAACGGAUGUCAUGUGUGGAUUGAAAGAGCGUAAAUAUAGCAUUCCACGAAAGAUCCAUCUAUGGAUGGAACUAUUACUUGAUUCUCUCAUUCCAUCAUGCAUUCUUCUGUACCUGACAAUUAGCAUUCUAUGGGUUUUACGUAAAGCAAAACAAAGCCGGUCUUCACUACGUUCCCAUUCCUCCGUAUACCGACCCAACGGGGUUCCAGACGACAGUGAAAACGAGGGCGUAUUUGUGAAACUAAAAAAUGUCCAGUUCCGUCGACGGAAAUUUCGGGAACAUACGAGCAUUGACUCCGCCUUUGAAAAGCUUGACCGGGAGAGCAGACGAACCUCGUGGCUUAUAUUUGUUGUGGCUACCUUAAUCUCCACCCACGAGCUACCCAUGGCACUAAUAAGAGCGUACAAACUCGCAGUACACAUGCACGAGACGCUUCCGUUGGUGUUCUUCGGUUGCUGGUCGGCUUUAUUUACGCUGUGGCAGAACACCAUAUAUCCGCUCACGUUUUUCAUAUACGCACUGAUGAGUGCCAACAUCCGGUCAGAGAUUGUGCGAGUCUUGACCUGUAAAUGCCUGUUUUCCGGCGAAGAGAUGUCGGCAGGGAAUGCUCCGACAGUUAAAAGGGUGUUGUUAAGCCCGUGUUCUGUAAGAAAAUCGCUGAGCAAGGGAUUAAGCAGAGCCAAUGAAGAAACAGUUGGUAUGUCUAGUGAAAGCUGA